CUCUUUCUCAUUCCCCCCCUCCCCCCCCCCACCUCAAUCUACUGUCACCUGUCUCGCAACAUGGCUGACGCUUUGAAAGCAGAGGGCAACAAGGCCUUCUCUGCAAAGGAUUAUCCUACUGCUAUUUCUCGCAGGCUAUUGACGUUGAGCCUACUAACCACAUCCUCUACUCCAACCGCUCCGCUGUAUAUUCCGCGCAACACGAAUACCAGAAGGCUCUCGAGGAUGCCAACAAGGCUACGGAUCUGAAGGCAGACUGGUCCAAGGGCUGGAUCCGCAAAGGUGCCGCUUAUCGCGGUCUGGGCGAUCUCUUGGCUGCCCACGACGCAUAUGAAGAGGCUCUGAA